AUGCAACCAUCGGGAAGUAUCGAUGCACUUAGCUCAUGUAUUCAUCUAAUUCCAUCUGAAUCGGUCAACAUCUCUUCACGUGAAAGUGUGUCAUCAUCAACAAGUGAUGGAUUGAUAGGAAACUACGAACAAGGUGCUGACCGAAUCAUUCGUCUUGAGCAAGAAUUGAAUGCUGCUAGACAUUCAAUUGCUGAGAAGGAAGCGAAAUGUACACGAUUGAGUGAGCUUCAGAAUCAUGUAGAUUCUGAAGUACAGGAACUGACCGAGAAACUCUUCCAAGAAGCCUAUCGAAUGGUUAAUGAUGCUGAAAGUCGUCGAGCUAAGGCUGAAAAAUUGCUUGCUGAAAGUCACUUGAAAGUUGACAUGUUAAUGGCUGAAGUUGAAGCUUUAAAAAUUAUCGUAAAGUCACCAAUAUCCUCUACGUCGCAAAUAACACAUUUGACUGGUAUAACACCUCAGCGAACCAGCUUAGCAUCACGUUUUCUUGGCAGCACACGACGGAAGGAACGACAUAGUUCUGGAAAUUGUCGUAAAAGUUACACUUUACCAUCGUCGGGACGGGAUUCGACAUCAUUAGCACAAAGUGAACAACGUGAACCAAUAUCUGAGAUCGAUCCUAUUUAUCACAGAGAAUUCACACAAUGGAAAGAACAAGGUGCUUCAAUGGAUGAGAAUUCACCUUUUCUAUCACGUAUCAUUGCAGAAGAUGUUUAUCCUUGUCUUAACUUUAUUAACACUAAGCUAACAGAGCAAGUUUUGGGUGCAAUCAAAACAAAUACUUUGGAACUAGAAGCCGUUUCGGAAGCAAAACCUGUUGUUAGGACUUGUGCGUUAUCUAUGGUUCCACGUUUCUCUCCGUAUAAAAUGAGAGUUAACGGUGAUUCCGAAUGGUGCUAUAUUUCAUUAUUGGCACGAAAUCGGAUAGCUGCAGUAUGUGAUUUCUUUACCUAUAUUCGUUAUGUAAACCAAGGAAUUGUCAAAUGUGGCGUACAUGAUUCAUACUGGGAUAUUAUAACAUUACGCAAAAAUAUAACACUGGCAAGACUUGGUUUGAAUUUCAUCCCGAAAAUUGGAGGUUCACAAAAUGAAUCUUUAUGA